AUGUCAACUUCAGCACAAGCAGUUAGUGAGAAUGCAAAAUGGAGCCAAGCAAAUAUAGACACCCUUGUUGUUCUGAUGGUAGAGGAAGUUAAGAAAUGCAAUAGGACUACUUCUACUUUUAAUAAAUCUAGUUGGAAAAACAUUGCCAACAACUUCAAAGAAAAAACUGGUGUCACCUAUAUCAUUGCACAGUUAAAGAACAAAGUGAAUAAAUUGAGGCAGGAUUAUAGCCAGUUUAAAAAGCUAUUAGGUUGGGAUACUACUUCAAGAACUUGUACUGUUGAUGAUGAAUUCAUCUGGGAAUCGCAUAUCAAGGUAUGCUCAAUUUAUAACCCUACUUGGGCACGAUCUAAGAAGCACGAACUACCACAAUGGCUAGAACUAUAUAUGGUAUUCGGUGAUACAUAUGCUGACGACAAAGGAAGUGGGACUCAAGCAACCAUGUUGGAAACUCUAGGGGCCGAUGAUGUUGGGGAUAUGAUUGAGUCUUGUGAUAAGUCAAGUUCCGUUGAUGAAGUUACUCCAUUAGGUGACACUCAAACUAAAGCAGUGGAAAAAAUGCCAGCUACUAAGCAUAGGCAUGAUAGGACUCCAAAUACGAAAAGAAGGAAGAGAAAGUCUAAUGAUUGGUCAAUGGCAUGCAAGGGAAUUCAAGAUAUGAGUAAAUCAAAGGUAGAACGAGAUGCGAGCAUGUCCACUGCUUCAACCAAAAAUGUAGAACAGAUGUACAAGAUUACUAGGGCCAUGGAAGUGUUGAGUCUGGAUACGAGUUAG